CCCGACGGCUUGUCAAGUGAUAACUUCCGGGAUCACGUGCACCGGCCAAUUCUUCCAAAGCAGCUUUUCGGGUUUUUUUAAGUUUUCCAGAACGAGGUUGGGAAAGCUAGAGAGGGUUUCCUCAUGUAAAUUGAUGGGGGGCGUUUCCUUCAACAUCAAGAGCGACUCUUCUCCCGCCGGAGAGUUCCUCCCGACGGGACAACGCCUGUUUGCCCUCGGUGCAACUCUAUGGUGCGAUAGAAACAAACGGAAGGAAAGUCGAGCGCGGCCUGAAUUUCGACAGCACCAAACUGAAGAGCGGUGGCAGCAGCGGCACCACCACCACCACCGCCGAGGCGGCGGCCGUGGACGGAGGGCGGUCGAGGUGGGGGAAAUCCUGACCUGUCACUCUCCGGCAGGCGGGGCGCAGAAGUAAGAGACCAUGGCAGAACAUGGGGCUCAUCUCACUGCCACCUCCACAUAUGAGGACAGGCCUUCUAUAUUUGAAGUUGUUGCCCAAGACAGUUUGAUGACUGCUGUGAGGCCAGCAUUUCAGCAUGUGAUCAAGGUUUUGGCUGAAUCCAACCCUUCGUAUUAUGGUUUCCUGUGGCGCUGGUUUGACGAAAUCUACACCAUCCUGGAUCUUCUACUCCAGCAGCACUACCUCUUCCGAUGCAGUGCUUCUUUUUCUGAAAACUUCUACGGCUUGAAGAGAGUUGCACUGAAAAGCAAAAGGAAUCAGCAGAGAUCCUUGGCCACUGCUGGACUUCCCCAAAAGCAUCAUUGGAAAUCUCUCUGCUUGUUGGUUCUUGUUCCGUAUCUGAGAACCAAACUGGAAAAGUUGAUCUCCCGCCUCCAGGAAGAGGACGAUUAUUCUAUCCACCCUCCGUCAUCCUGCUGGAAGCGGUUUUACAAGGCCUUCCUGGCUGCCUAUCCCUUUGUGAACAUGGCUUGGGAGGGCUGGUUCCUGGUGCAGCAGCUAUGUUACAUUCUGGGGAAGGCUCGGCACCACUCCCCACUGCUGAGACUGGCUGGUGUGUAUUUGGCCAGGCUGACAGCAGAAGAUCUGCGGGCUUUGGAAAACAUACAUGUAGCUGCUGGUGACGUCCUGCGGUCAUCAAACAGCAUGAAAGAGCAAAUGCGGUCAGCUGGGAAAAAAAUCUUGGGGGCCUUCACUUUCUCCCUCUCCACUGGCCUCUCUGUGGGCAUCUUCUUCCUCCAGUUCUUGGAGUGGUGGUAUUCGGCUGAGAAUCAGGAGACCAUCAAAUCACUGACUGCUAUGCCAGUCCCACCGCCACCUGUGCACCUGGACUACGAGACUGAUUCACCUCUUCUGCCAAAGCUCAAGACAAUAUGUCCAUUGUGUCGUAAAAUACGUGCCAACGACACAGCCCUCUCCACCUCUGGCUUUGUUUUCUGCUAUCGCUGUGUCUACUCUUACGUGAAGCAUCACCAGCAGUGUCCCAUCACUGGCUAUGCCACUGAACUUCAGCACCUUGUCAAAUUGUACACACCUGAAAACUAACAGGUCCAUCCUCCAAGCUUUGUAUAAACACUGGAACACUACAUUGCAGAAUUGGGUGCUUUUUUCUGAUUAUACUGACAGAGGAGGUGGCUUUUAAGCAUAUAGCUAUGGGUUAUACUUGCUGUUGACAGAAGUCAACUGUUGUCUUUUUAUGUCUGCUAGUUAGGUGUCUGUUGCCUCACCUAAUUGAUUUUUCCCUAAUAUCUAUUAAGUGAAAACAGAUUAGCUGAGAAAGAUUAUUAGAUAGAAAAAAAGGCCCAAUCUGCUUCUCAUCAGGAUGACUUCAAGCACAUUUCUAAGGGUAAACUACUUUUCUUAGAUACAAUUGGUCAUUAAGUGGCCAGCUCGGAGUUAUGAAAAGGUUUUAGAAAAAAUAUCUUUAAUAGAGGCAGCCUAGAAUUAAGAAGAAAUUUCCUGACAGAAUAAUUAAUCAGCGGCUAACCUUCAAACAUUUUCUAGCAGCAGCAAGGUAGUAGUUGUCACCUAUAAAGCAUUCACAGCAAGGGGCUGGAUUAUUUACAAAACCUCAUCUUGCCUCAUUUCUGUCUGUCCCACAGGUCCAACUGGAGGUCUAACUCUGGGUCCCCCAAUUGAAGAAGUGGGCUGUAGGUCCACUGUGACAUAGGAAGCAGGCCUUUUUUGUCAUAUUACCUGCCCUCUGGAACACCAUAUUCCCAAGGUUAUAUUGGCCCUUCAUGCUAUUGAUCUUUUGCAAAGGACUGGAUGUUCUUCAGCAUAUUGGGAUUGGAAAGGAUAGCCUAUGAAAUGAAAUGAGAUUGUAUUGUUCGGUUUUUAUUGGGUUUUUAGCUAUAGGUUCUUCAUAUUUUCUUGAUAAUUGUUUUUGCAUUGUUUUUGCCAUCCGAAGUCACAGCUGCAAGCCAUGUAAGUCAAACAAACGAUACAUUCCUCAAAAUAGACAUAUAAGAAACUGCUUAACCAGAGAUUGCAUUUGGACGUCAUGAUAAAUAUUAACAUUUUAUUACAAAUGCUUUUAUGUUGCUUCAAUCAAUUUUUACUUUAAGAGACUCUAUAAGCAGAACAAGCCUAGAUCACCCUGGGAUUUGAAUUCUAACUCUUCUGGAGCAAGUGCAAGAUGAUAAACUUCUGUUUGAUAAAACGAAAGUUGGCUUUGGUAAACAAGGUUACAAAUACAAAUCCAGCAUCCAUUUUGGGGACUCAAUAAGAUGUUUGAACUGUUAAAUCCCUUUUGUCCUUUUGAUGCAUUACAUAACAAGGAGUAAUAGGGGAUAGAAAACUGAUAUCUUUUCUCCCAUGCUACUUGAAGCUUCUAAAUAAACUGCAGGGGACUGA